AGUAUCAAAAUCAUAUCAGCCAUCUUCGAAAGAAGAACAACUUUUAUAAGUUAAACGAAUUUUGUGUGUGAUAACUCAAAAACCUUAAUAAGUGAAUAUACAAAAUGAAGUGCUUUGCAACGAUAGCUAUUUUGGCCUGUGUCUCACUUGUCCGUGCCGAGCCACCAGUACCACAAAACCAAUAUCUACCACCUAAUCAACAAGCGCAGCAGCCAUCUAACAACUACUUACCACCCGCACAAACCUACCAAGCACCUACCAGCAGCUACUUGCCACCUCAGCGCAGCCAAAUUCCUGCCAGCAGUUAUCAAGCACCUUCAAGUUCUGGUCCCAUCUCUGCACCACAAAGCGCAUAUGGCGCUCCUGCAGUAACCUCGGCUAUUUUCCCUAAACAACAGGCAUCGAGCGGUUACUCCAAUGGCAACGGCAACGGUUAUGGUAAACGGGAUGAAGAUUACGGACCAGCAAAAUACGAAUUUAAAUAUGAUGUGCAAGAUUAUGAAUCCGGCAAUGAUUUCGGUCACAUGGAAUCUCGCGAUGGUGACUUCACACAGGGCCGUUAUUAUGUUUUGUUGCCUGAUGGUCGCAAACAAAUCGUAGACUACGAAGCUGACCAACACGGUUACAGACCAACAAUUCGUUAUGAGCAAGUAAAUGGUGGCGCUAAUGGAGGACAUUCUGGCAGCUACAAAAAUGGCGGCGGUGGUUAUGAUAGCAACGCUCAAUCGGGCAAAUUCGGCGGUUAUCAAUAAAUAGCUUAAGAGUCCAAACACAAAUUAGGCAUUGAAAGUGAUCUGUAAAAUAUUAGAAUGAGCACACGUUGAAGGAUACAAUUUUUAUAAACAAACUCUAAGCAAUUAGUAAGAAUUUCAUAUAACUUUUUUAUUAAUAAUUCAUAUUUAAAAUAUUUUAAUCUUAUUAAAUUUAGAGCUUUCAGGCUUGAAAGCUGCUCAUCACUUAGCUGAGAUAAAAAAGUAGCUUCAAGUCUUAUUUGCUCUAGAAUAUUCUUGAUUGCUUUUCUACCUCUAUGCUUACGUGCAAUCUUUGCUCGUAUGAGCCUCAAAAGCUUUGAAUAUUAGGCAAUAACAUUGCUAAGGAGCUUUUGCUCUCACUUGCAUUCUCACGCUCAAUUUGACUUGCCUUUUGAUUUUGAUUUUGAUUUUCUGUUAUACACAUUUCUGUUAGUUGCUCAAUAAGCUCUCUGUUUCUCUUACAUGCUCUCUUUAUGUUUCAGCAAUGGUAUUGUAUAACCGUUAACAUGCCGACACUUGCCAUAAGCUUUCGAAGAUCAACAUUCGUUAGAGCUUUUUGUUGUAAAUUUGUUUAAAUUAUAUAUAUUUACUAUCUCUUUCUAAUUGUUAAGCGCUUUCAUUUUUUGUAUAUUUCAAAUAUAUCAAAGUUAGACACACACAUAUAAACCCAUACACACACAUUAUCGCAAA